AACAAGUUCACCAUAAACAUCAUUUAUAUUUGUCUCUUAUAUCCACAUCAUGGAUUCUUCUGCAGGUUUACUCACCAAAUUGUGGAGCUUUAUAUCUUUCCUCCCUUUCUUCUUCUUGCUCUUUAUACUUGGUAUCACUAAAGGUUCUUUUUCUUUUCAAGUUGUUGGUUAUGCUUAAACACAUAUAUUGUUAAUUCCAUCCUAGAUUUUAUGAAGUUGUUAAGAACGUGCGGUUGACCUAACUCAACUUUAAAAGCAUAUUCAGGUCAUAUAGUAUCCGAAGGAUGUUCAGGUCAUAUAGUAUCCGACCUACAUUGAUAGGUCCAAUUGCAUUUGCUAUUAUGCUUGUUGGAAAUUCAUCUGUUAUAAUUGGACUUUGGACAGCACAUGUUGUUUGGACAUACUACUGUGUGGCAAGAACAAAGAGAUUUGGACUAGCUUUCAAGGUUGUGGUGUUGAUAUGUCUGCCUCUUCCUUUGUUACUCUGCCCAGUACUUGGUAUUGUUGGUAGCAUUUUAGGUGGAAUUGGAUAUGGUUUUUUUGCUCCUCUUUUUGCAACUUUUGAGGCUGUUGGAGAGAAUUUUAAAGACAAAAUUUACCAUUGCUGCAUUGAUGGUAGUUGGUCAACAAUUAAAACGAGCUGCACUGUUGUUGAGGAUGUGACAGACUUUUGCUUUCACUCCUAUUUUUCAUACAUGGAUGAACUAAGAGAAAAUUUACCUCCUCAAGAAAAGCCAUUUGAUAUCAGAUUGUCAUUAUUACCAUGUUGCUUGUUGGUGACCUUGGUGGGUGUGCCCUUGGAUGUGGUUUUAAUCACAUCUAUUGCUAUAUGGAAAAGCCCUUACAUGCUGUUUAGAGGAUGGAAGAGACUAUUAGAAGAUUUGAUUGGACGAAAAGGACCUUUCUUAGAAACCGAAUGCGUUCCGUUUGCUGGUCUUGCGAUCAUCCUUUGGCCUUUGGCUGUUAUAGGAGCUGUUUUAGCAGCUACAAUUUUCAGCAUUUUUCUUGGCCUAUACAGUGGAGUUGUUGUCCAUCAGGAGGACUCGACGCAGAUGGGGUUUGCUUACAUUGUGUCUGUGGUUUCACUUUUUGAUGAAUAUGUGAAUGAUUUACUCUUCUUGAGAGAGGGUUCCUGCCUUCCCAGGCCAGCAUACCGUAAAAACAUGAGGCAUGCACUCGAGAAGAGAAACCAUGAAGGUAGUGAUCAUAAUUUGAAAAACUGGAGAGAUAGUUCACAAAAUUUGGAACAUACACUACAACAAACCAGAAGUAUGAAGUGGAAAAUUCAUCACUACAAACCUGUGCAGAUAUGGGACUGGCUUUUCAAGUCAUGCGAGGUAAACGGAAGAAUAGUCCUCCGCGACGGUCUUAUAAGUGUGAAGGAGAUUGAGGAAUGCAUUUCGAAAGGCAAUUGCAAAAUAUUAAGCACCAAGUUACCAGCUUGGUCUUUGCUCCAAUGUCUUCUAACAUCAGCAAAAUCAAAUUCAGAUGGGUUGAUUAUAUCUGAUGAUGUAGAGCUGACAAAGAUGAACGGACCAAAGGAUAAAGUGUUUGAGUGGUUUAUUGGUCCUUUACUGGUGAUGAAAGAUCAAGUUAAGAACCUUGAGCUGCAAGAAAGUGAAGAAACUUGUUUGAAAGAACUUGUUAUGAGAUGCAAAAAUGAUAUACCUGAGGACUGGGAUGGCACUGGAUUCCCAUCUGAUGACAAUGUUAGAAGAGCACAGCUGCAAGCCAUAAUAAGAAGGUUGCUAGGGAUUGUGGCUUCGAUGUCGCGGAUGCCAACUUUUCGAAGAAGAUUUAGGAAUCUAGUGAAGGUUUUGUAUAUAGAAGGAUUGCAGGCAAGUGCUUCAGCUAAAGAAAGCAACAAUAUUGAUGAACCUUAGCAAUGUAAAGUUGAAAAGGUUACAUAUGAAGACCAAAGUUUCUUGUAAUUCAGUGAGAGUUUUGCCAUCCUUGUUCUGUUGAACCAUGACCUCGAAAGUCUCAAUAGUUUGAUCUGCAGUCCGGUUUUACAAGAUAAAAGGAUUGAGAAAACUUCACAAAGGCUCUUUAUUUAACUUUCCUCUAAGAAUUAGAGAAAUUUUAAAAAUAUGAAUACAUUUUUUAUUUACAAUACAAAAUGGAACAUUUUAUGUCA